GAAUAUCUGGUAGGUCUAGUACACGUGAGUGAGUGAAUGCAGCUGUCAGGAAGAUGAGUGGGCAAACGUCUCCCUCGGGCUAGUCCAGUUGCUGAGUUAGGCUAAAUUUAAUCUCCCUCUCCAUUGGCCAUUUUGACCUCACAGCCUUUUUAGGGUCUCGUAGUAAGCCAAAGAGAAAAUCCUCUCCCUACCUGAAGUCUUUAGCAGUGGCCCCUUCAAACCGAAGAGGCAAAGACCACACGAGGGACCAGAACAAUGUCUGUCUCUCAGAUCACCCCCUCACUCUUCCUGAGUGGGGCCGACGCCGCUCUUAACCAGGCACUGCUCACCCGCAAAGGCAUAACCCUCAUCAUCAACGUCACGCUGUCCCACGCCUGCCCCACGUACCCCGGCGUGGAGUGUGUCCGCGUCCCCGUGCCCGACCUCCCCAGCGCCCGCCUGGGUGACCACUUCGAGCGAGUGGCGGCGCGCAUCCACGGCAAUCGAGGCGGGGGCACGCUGGUGCACUGUGCCGUGGGCUUCAGCCGCUCGCCCACGUUGGUCAUCGCCUACCUCAUGAAGCACAAGGGGCUCACGCUGCGGCAGGCCCACGGCCAGGUGCAGGAGAGCCGCCCAGGCAUACGACUCAACGCGGGCUUCUGGGAGCAGCUGCUGGAGUAUGAGAAGAGGCUUUAUGGCAAGAACACAGUCAAGGUGGCUACUACGCCUCUGGAGCCCAUCGCAUCCAGCAAGAGCCCGUUACUGGGCUCCAUCAGAUAUAUGGGAGGGAAAGGUUGCUUAGAGCACCCACCAGAUACGGCUCUAAGUGGUGAGACAGAGAGAAAGAUCUGGACCACUCUAGACAGGCGAAAGCGUCUCAGGUUAAGAACAUGGAAGAAUUAUAUUUGAUGUUAUAUGUCAAAUUCCUCAGGUAUUUUUAACAUAAGGCUAUGCAUAUGUUCUUGGCUAUAUUGUGUGGUGAAAUGGACAGUAAUCUGUCUCUUCCAUCAGAAAACCUAAUGCACACAUGCACACAUACAAACACAGCAAAACACAGAUGAUACAUAGCCACACACACACACACACACACACACACACACACACACACACACACACACACACACACACACACACACACACACACACUGAUAUAAAAUUGUGAUCCUAAAAGGCAUGUGAAAGGACAAAUGAUUCCAAUGUAAUGUCCAACAGCCAGUGUCAUGCGUCUUUCAUAAGGCCAUGGGUGUUUAGCAUUGGCUUUGUAUAUCAGUGUUUCUAUUUACUGAGAGUUGGGCUCUAGAUCCACUGGCGGAAAAAGGGCAAAAUGGCAUAAAUGAGUAUUGUGUCUUGACUUUUGAGUACCAGCCUUCAUAUUUACCAGACAAAAAUCUCAGGUUUAGUUGAGAUACAAUCUCAGUACCUCUACUAAUGAGUAAGGACCAUUCAUGUUGGCAAAUUACCACCCUGGAAUUAAGAGAGCUGGUUCUCUUUUCCUUAACAAGCACUCUUGUUUUGUCAGUAGUCACAGCUUUGCAGGGGGUGAUUUCCUAUUAUGUAACAGGUUCUUACUCCGUUAACGCAAACACAUUUGCCAGGAGACCUACCUCAACCAUUGUCAUUGUCAUUGUUUGUUUGCAUAGGGGUCAACAUAUGGUCCAAUCAAUGACAGAUUACAAAUGCAUGUGCCUGUUUUUAGGUGGUAAUAAAAAUGUAUUUUAAAAGCUCUCUGCCCCCUCACCCCAACAACAACAAAAAAAUGUCCAUGGAUGAAUCCUCUUCAACCGGGUGGCUUAGUGAAAAUGGAUGAAUAAUGACCUCUUUGGAAGAGUACAGUGUUUAAAUGACGUUGAUUCAUCAGUGUCAUCAACUAUUAAAUUUGUCCAAAUUGAAUGUGUGCUCUUUUUGAAACUAUUUAUUUGUUUAAAAAAAUCCUGAUGCAAAGGACAUGCAAAGAUUUGCUAUUCCCCAUUUUUCAAGUUUGGAAAAGCAUAUCGAUUUUGGUGGGGAAUUAUGACAGACAUUGUUUUAGCCAGUGGAGGGAGGUAGAGAGUCAUCAUCAGUGAGCUAAACAUGCAUGUCCGUAGUGUAGAGGGAAGACAAAACAGAGAAUGGAAACUUUGGAUAAGAGAGAUGAAGGGAGAUAAAAUUGUAGCAUGUAGAGAUGAUUUGUUCCCUUGACGUAGUUUCUGAACCCCAAAUAACAUUUUUGUUUUGUUUUGUUUUAUUAUCAACGGCAGACAUCUCGUGGUCUAUAGUGGGAAGUCAAACAGUUUUUGAAUAGGGUCUCAGAGACAAGGCUCAAGGAUAGUUACAAACACAAUUGUUGGCUUGUAUAUGGGGGCUUACCUGGACCGAAACAGAAAAGGAGAGAGAGGUGGGAUAGGCAUAAAGUUUGCUAAAGUGGCCAUCUCAGGGGACAUAGUUGUCCUUUUAGAGAAAUUGUUAUAUUCUUGACUGAGAACAGCUCAGGCAAUUAACUGGGAAAUACUGGUACAUGGAUCACUUAUGGAAAGUAUGUGUGUGUGUGUGUGUGUGCGUGCGUGCGUGCGUGCAUGCGUGUGUGUCUGUCUGUGUCUGUGUGUCUAUGUCUGUGUCUGUGUCUGAGUGUGUG